CCAAACAAAAUAACGAAAACAACUAGUGUAAAAACCCACUCAUCUCGAAAAAAUGGCGAAAGAAAUCAAGCUACUGGGAACAUGGGCAAGUCCCUUCAGCCACAGAAUCGAAUUAGCCCUGAAACUGAAAGGCCUGCAGUUCCAAUACUUGGAAGAAGACCUCUCCAACAAGAGCCAGCUCCUCCUUCAGUCCAACCCAGUUCACAAGAAGAUCCCCGUCCUCAUCCACAACGGGAACCCGAUUUCGGAGUCCCUCCUCAUCAUGGAAUACAUCGACGAGACAUGGCAGCACCAAAACCCUCUUCUCCCCAAAGAUCCCUAUGGCAGAGCCGCAGCUCGUUUCUGGGCCAAGUUCAUAGACGAAAAGGUCUUGUGGACGGCCUUCAAGGCUUACAAUGACAAGGGCAAAGAGCAAGAGGACGCCAUCGAGGAAUUCUCCCAGCAGCUCAAGUUUCUGGAGGAGGAAUUGAAAGGGAAGGAGUAUUUCGGAGGGGAGAGAUUCGGGUUCGUGGAUAUUGCGUCCUUCUUCAUCCUGCAGUUCCUGCGAGUGCUGCAAGAAGUGAAAGAGGCAGAGUUGAUGACGGAGGAGAAGUACCCUGUUCUGUUCGAAUGGAUGGAGAAGCUGCAAGGGAAUGAAGUGGUGGCGGGAUGCCUGCCGCCGAGGGAGAAGCAUGUUGCUUAUGUGCGAGCUCGCCGUGCAGCUGCAGAGGAAGCUGCUUCCAAAACCAAAGCUGCAUAAGCGUAUAUACGUUUGAGCUUGCAUUUGUGUGCCGUCCCCUGCAUCUUCCUUUUUCUCGUUACCUCUGUUCUGUAGUCACGUUGAGUAGAGUACUGUCCUUUGUGUGUUUUUGAACUAAUAAUUUUGUAAGCUUGGAGUUUAUGACCCAAAUCAAAUUCAAGUCAUAUUCUAACCGUAUAAGUUCAGGUUGUACCAUAAAGGAAUUUGUAUUAUUAUGUUAUGGUACAACUUCACAAUUUGAAGUUGUACCAUGACAUAAAAGUACAAGUUCAAGUUGUACCAUAAGACAAUUUGUACAAAAAUUAUAGGUACAAUCUGAAGUUGUACCAUAACUUUAAAUGUACAAUUUCAAAUUGUACCAUGAAGGCAAAAAUCUUUAGCACCAAUAUAUAGCAUUGUAAAAU